AUGUUGACCGCUGCAUUGAGAUCUUCUAUUACUCGAGGUGCACGAUGCGCCCACACAGCUGCCAGCAGUAUCCCAAAGCCAAGAGGUGCCAUUAAGGAGCCUGCUGAUUUCCUCACAGCGAUCGGUCGAGGUUGCGACGAGCAUGCCAGCAAAUUUGAGACCUGGGAGAGCUUGUUCACUACCGAUAGCCGUACAAUGCGAAAUGAUUUCGGUAUCCCAACUCGUCAACGCAAGUACAUUUUGUCAUGGCGUGAGAUGUAUCGUCAAGGUCGUGACUUGACAUCCAUCAGUGAAUCCAAGAAGAAAAAGUAG